CGCAUGAAAGGUAGAGCCAGGUCAGAGAGUAUAUAGUGGUAUAUAGGUGGGGUGAGCUUACAAUGACGAGCGGUGCCAGGUGACGAGCGGUGACAAUCGUGACAAUUGUACGGCUACAGCACCAGCACGGUGCAAACACGCCGCGCACACGCACGAAGUCUUAUUUAGUAGGUUUAGUAGAGGAGGCCAGUCACGCUAGCCGGACGCAGUGACAUCGAAAAUUUCAACAGCAAGUCUGCUCGAGUGAUAAAUGUGUUAAAACUGUAGAAUUAUAUUGACAAUGUUCCGCAUACAGAAAUGUGCGAUGUUCAUGGGGGCUUCCGUGGUCGAAUACAAGAGAGGCAUAUCUAAUGCCUUAAUGAUCACGAACAAACAGAGGUCGGCGGUGGGCUCCAAUGUCAGUAAACAGAAUAAUUCAUUCAAUAGCACCUGCAUGAAGUCGAAGAUCAAUUCUUCAUCCAGAAGAGCUCAGUCUACUGGGAACAACGUUCCAACUGUUCCUUUAGCAGCUGUCAAUACUGCAGCCAGUAAAGAUGAGAGUAGAGAGUUUAUGGCUGUUUUCCCAGAUGUUGUUCGAGAUUUAACUGAUGCAGGGAAACAUUUGGAUAUUCCUGAAGCUACAAAAUGGUUUGCAAAGGUUCUACAAUACAAUGUCCCUGGAGGAAAAAAGAACCGUGGAUUGGCCACAGUCUUCGCAUAUCGCAUGUUAUCACCUGCAGAUCAGCUAACACCUGAGAAUUUGAGAUUGGCCCACAUUAUUGGUUGGUGUGUUGAGAUGCUUCAAGCUUUCUUUUUGGUUGUUGAUGAUGUAAUGGACAAUGCAACUACUCGACGAGGCAGACCUUGCUGGUACCGUCACAAAGAUAUUGGAGUGGCUGCAGUUAAUGAUGGAAUUCUUUUGGAGAAAUUUGGUCGUAAACCUAAUUUGGAUAAUUUCACGAUGACAAGAUACACAGCAAUUGUGAAAUAUAAGACUGCUUAUUAUUCCUUCUAUUUACCUGUAGCAUUGGCUAUGCACAUGGCUGGUUUUCAAGAUGAAGAAAUGCAUCGUCAAGCAAAAACUAUAUUAUUGGAGAUGGGACACUUUUUCCAAGUACAGGAUGACUUCUUGGAUUGCUUUGGAGAUCCAGAAAUCACUGGGAAAAUUGGAACUGAUAUACAGGAUGGAAAAUGUUCAUGGCUAGUUGUGGUUGCAUUGCAAAGGGUCACUCCGGAACAGCGAGCCAUAUUAGAGGAGUGUUAUGGCUCAAAAAAUCCAGAGCAUGUGGCUGCAGUGAAAGAACUGUAUAAACUUAUUGGACUUCCAGCUACAUACUAUAUAUAUGAAGAGGAGAAUUAUAAAUUAAUAAGUACUCACAUUCAACAAAUGUCUCGAGGAAUGCCUCAUAAGUUGUUCUUCAAUUUUUUGGAGAAAAUUUACCGAAGAGAGCGCUGAGUCCAUUCAGUCAUGGAAAUAUUUUGGAACAUAUCCUCCUCUGUCCAAUGAUACUCUGCACAAGACCGUCCCUGCAUGUAAGCAGUUCACACCAAGACUGUGCUCUAUCUCACAGUGAAGAGGUUGCUGAAAAAAGAAAGUAAUAUCACAAAUUGUUCAACAAAUAAAUAAAAAUACACAUAUUGUUUACUUUGGGUAACCUUAAUUUUCUUUUCCACAGAAGAAAAAAUCACAAUUUUCCAAAAAUUGGGAGCAUUUAUUUCAGUAUUUGUUUUCAAAAAAGCAAGUGCUACAAAUUUUGAAAUUGCCA